AUGCAGUUUACAGAGAACGAGUACGCGUUGUCUGUCGGCGUUGAGGACCUGAGGUGGAUUAGAAGAGUUGAGGAAAUGGUUGAGGAUAGUCGAAGUCAUAGGAUUAGAGCAAGGUUCUAUUUAAAUUCAAUUGAAAUUGUUAAAUCAGUUAUUGGAAAAUGAAUUGACCCGAAAUUCCGCCGUUGUCCGCCACUGGGGUUUAUACAGUCUUAAGCCCGUUUUCCACUCACGUAUUUCGCCGCUGCUGGCGAAAAAUUUCGUCACCGAAAAAGUUCAUUUAUUGUUCUUUCGCGCCGUCAACGAAAGGUGAAACAGAAGUUGAAAAUUUUAAGCAACUGUAGCAGGAGAACAAAUUUCUUCAGCGGCAAAUGCUGAAUGUAAAAAAAUUAUUUCUUUGUCAAAAUUUUUCGCCAGCGGCGGCGAAAUAACGGAGUGGAAAAUGGGCAUAACAGAUCAGGGCCUGUUCAUAUGGGCAAAAGUUAUCCCGGUUAACGAGAGAACUUUUCGACUAGCCAAAUACUUUUGUUCUGUUCAUAUGGAGAAAUAUUAUCCCGCUUACCGGGAAAAGUUUCCGGCUGUGACGUAGCACUGAACAUCAAUUGAAUUGAAAAGUUGCUGACACGACAAAAAGUUAUCCCGCUAAGCGGGAAAGUUGUGUUCAUAUGGGGAAAACAUUAUCCCGGUCACCGAGAUCUCGCCUGUCAACAAUCGAGAUCUCGGUACACGGGAAAACUUUUCGUCUCAUAUGAACGCAAUGUAACUUUUCAUAUUAUUUUCGUAACAAGGCGAGAUCUCGCUCGUAAACUUGUCGAAAAGUUUUCUCGCUAACCGGGAUAACACAUCUGCUUUUGGUGAUCGUACUUGCUGGUGACAUUGCUACUAACCCAGGUCCAAACAAUCAACAUCUACGUUGUCUUUCAUUCAAUGCGCAGAGUAUUCGAAGUACUAGAAAGUUACCUGACGGAUCAUACACUAGCAAUUUAAAAUCCUUUCAAGACCUGGUUUACGCUGAGGAACUCGAUUUAAUUUUUGUGACAGAAUCAUGGCUCAAUGAUAACUUUUCGGACAAAGAGAUUCUUCCCAAAGGUUACAACAUCGUAAGGAAAGAUCAGUCAGCUAACCAACGCGGAGGUGGCGUCUUCAUAGCACUGCGUGUUGACGUCCCUUACACCAGAAUUACUGCUGGAAGGAAUGGUCCAAACUGGUCAGAUCGCCUAGAGAUCGUCGCUAUCGAACUCGAUAUGUCUACCUGUAAGAAAUGUCUUCCGUGUGUCUGUUACCGACCGCCUAGUUGUGAUAGUCACGAAUGGCUAGCGUUGUUCACGGCAUUUCUUGAAACAACGGCAAAUUACGAAAAGGUCCUAAUCACCGGUGAUUUCAAUUUUCCUGACCUCACUUGGAACUCAACUCUUCCACCGAAAUCGUCACAUAUGAAUCCAUCUACUGGAUCUGCAGAUUUCAAAGAAUUAAGUCUAGAUUUCUUCCUACACCAAGUCAACAUUUAUCCCACCCGACAGAACCACAUUCUAGAUCUCAUCCUAACAUCCGCUUCCGAGAAUAUCGGUAACCUCUCGUGCAUUCCACCUUCAACUAUAGGCAUCUCUACUGAUCACCAUCUGUUGUUCUUUGACCUUCUACUUUACGUCAAGUCGACCGGAUGCGACAGAAGAACUGUGUUUGACUUUCAACAUGCUGACUGGAACGCUUUGCACGAGACUCUGAGCCAUCUUGAUCUUGCUCCGGGUGAUUCCACUAAUAUCGAUGCUGACUGGACGAAAUGGAAAGAUUUGUUUCUUGGUGCUGCUGCCAAACAUAUCCCGCAAAAAAACUUCAAAAGACGUACCACACCUUUGUGGAUCGACGGCGAAGUUAAACAUCUUCUUCAAAAGAAAGACACUUGCAGAAGAGCGGCCAAACAGAAAUCGUGCUCCAGCCUCUGGGAAAAGUAUCGGGAGUUGCGACGUAAAACAAAGUCCAUCAUCUACGCGAAACGCAAGAAAUUCCUUGAAUCUCUCCCAGCCUUACUGAGAUCGAGUACAAAGAAGUUUUGGUCAAUUUUCAAGUCCGUUUCCAAGCACUCGAACAUUCCCAACAAAAUGUCAUGGUCUCAUCCUGACGACGUAACAAGCUCAGCCAAGAACCCAGCGGAUAUUGCCAACUUACUCAACCACUACUUCUAUUCCGUUUUCAAACCUUCUGAUGACGAAACGUCCUUUCCAAACUCUAGUGACUCGAACUCUGAUACUUCAGAAUGUACCAUCUCCAGCAUCACCUUAACACCCGAGGAAGUUUACCACGUUCUUGCUGUUCUCGAUGAAAACAAAGCGACUGGCCCUGACAAAAUACCAGCGAAACUCCUCAAAAACUGUGCGUCCAGUAUUUAUUUAUCGCUAUGUGAUCUCUUCAACAAGAGUUUAUCUCUGGGUAAACUUCCAAAUGAGUGGAAACUCUCCAAUAUUGUUCCAAUCCCAAAGAAAGGUCCAGCUGAAGAUGUAUCAAACUAUCGACCAAUAUCUCUGUUGUCCCUGGUCUCCAAAGUCUUCGAACGUUGCGUCUACAACCAACUCGUAUCACACAUUUCCACUCAACUCCACCAUCUACAAUUCGGUUUCCUCAGAGGCAAGUCAACCACCUCACAGCUUCUGCACGUUCUCCAGGAUAUUCACCAAGCGUUGGAGAGUCGAAACCAAGUCGACGCUGUGUAUUUGGACUUUGCAAAAGCGUUUGACAAGGUUAGUCAUAAGCUUUUGUUGACUAAACUUCACAAGUUUGGAAUAAGAGGUGACCUACUAAGUUGGUUUGAAAAUUAUCUCUCCGGCCGCUACCAAAGAGUCACUGUUCUGGGUGAGACCUCGGGUACACUCCCUGUACUGUCUGGAGUUCCUCAGGGAUCAAUCUUGGGGCCCCUCCUUUUCCUAGUAUAUGUGAACGAUCUUCCACAUUCCAUCUCGGGCGAAUCAACUGUGGCAAUGUUUGCCGAUGAUACCAAGUGCUACCGUCCGGUGAAAGAUUUACCCGAUUGCGAAAGUCUGCAGAAUGAUCUCAAUAAUCUCGUGAACUGGUGUACUAUCUGGAAGAUGGACUUAAAUAAGUCUAAAUGCGGAGUAAUGAGCUUCACAAGAAGUCGCCAACCAGUCACAACAAAUUAUAAACUACUGGAUAGUUCUCUGAAGCAACUAUGUCAUCAAAAAGACCUUGGGAUUGUUGUCACAAAAGAUCUCAAGUGGACGAAACAGGUUGAAGAAAUAACAUCAAAAGCGAGCUCAAUGCUAGGCUUCAUUCGUCGAACAGCCUCCGACACGCAUAACAUCCACGUGCGAAAGGUGUUGUACCUGUCCUUAGUGCGCAGCAAGUUAGGAUAUGCCAGCCAGGUGUGGGCACCUCAAACUGUCAGCGACAUACUGUCAAUAGAACGGGUUCAACGUCGCGCGACCAAAUUCAUCCUUUCCCUUCCUUACAGAACAGCCACAACAUACAGGGAACGACUACUGGUUAUCGGUAUUCUCCCAGUCUGCUAUUGGCACGAAUUUCUAGACUUAGUUUUUCUUUACAAGAGUAUUCUAAGCAACGAUGUCAAUGUGUCAAUACGAACAACCACCCGGACGACUAGAAACGCUGACCCUGUCAAUGGUAUUCUUCUUAAUGUAUCUCGAUGCAGGACAGUUAGCUACAAGAACAAUUUCUAUGUGAGAGCGCCUAGCGUAUGGAACAUUCUCCCUAGCAAUAUUCGUGACACUUCAAGAUCAUUAGCUUACUUUAAAAUCUCUUUAUUCAAUUACUACUUAAACCUUUUAGAACAAAUAUACAACCCGGACAAUCCUAGAACAUUUAAGUCCGUGUGCGUCAAAUGCCACUCAACUCGGUCUCUUGAUAGUUUAUUAG